AAGCAGAAGCAAUAUAGAACGGGUGGAUUACUGAGCCUCUAUAAAGGGUCUCUAGUGUAAGAAUACAUCUAAUAUAGUGAGACAGGAGAAAGGACGUAGAAAAAGAUAGGCGGAAAGGACAACAGGUGAAAGGGAGGUAGAAAAGCUGUUGAAGUCAACCUGAAAAGCUGUACUUCAGGUGGCGUUUGUUGACAUGGCACAAGCUGGCCUGGCAUCUUAGUGGGCACCUUGCACACAGACAUGCUGCUAUUUUUCGAGGUCUCGGAAAAGAAAAAAAAUUCUAUUUAAGGGACAUACAAAUUCUAAGGAUGUGACUCAAGUGAAAUUACUUUUUUAGGACAAGGAGGAGACAAAUCAGAUGUCAAUCUGAAGGACUGAGACAAGUAAAGCAUCGAGAAGAAGUAAAAGAGUGUGACUCGGUCUUGAGCAUCUCUUUGAGAGAUCAGUAGCCCCACAAUCCCAAAGGCAGCCACUGGAGAGGACAGAAAAUCACAGGUAAAUUGAGAAGGAAAGGGAAUGAGACAGAGGAAGCAAGUGAAAGAGGCACAGAGGAAAAGGAACCAUUGGGAUCAAGGUGACGUCAGGGGCUCUCAGGAUUGAAGUGCUGAGUCCUCCUGAUUAUAAUCUGAUCUGAUUAAGAAACACAGGGGGAAAUAGCUCCAGAGCCUCUGCAAGCUCCCCGGGGAGCAAGACGCCGUUUUUACCAAGCCGAGAGGCCAAGGACCAAGAACAAAUCCAAAAGAGGAACUUUGGAGCAUCCUACUAAAGAAAGUUAAGGCCUGUAUCUUAAUCAGAACAAGAAGUGGAGCCAACAUUGCUGUUCAGCUUCUUCUCUGGACUUUCAACACUCUCUGGCAUCCAUCUGGGUUGUAAGCCAGGAUGCCCUCCAAUGGCAGUAAAGCCCUCAAGCUACAAUUCGGACUUAUUAAUUAUGAGAAUCGCUAUCUAACAGCAGAGACGUUUGGCUUCAAGGUGAACGCUUCAGCUCCAAGUCUAAAGAAGAAGCAGAUCUGGACUCUGGAGCAGGAUGAGCAGGACGGUCAGGUGGUUUACCUGCGCAGUCACCUGGGCCGCUACCUGGCUUCCGACAAAGAUGGCAAGGUAAGCUGUGAAGCUGAAGCCAAAGAGAAUGACUGCCGCUUUCUGAUUGUAGCACAGUCGGACGGGCGCUGGGCCCUGCAGUCCGAGCCAUAUCUGCGAUUCUUCGGAGGUUCAGAGGACUACUUAUCCUGCUUUGCUCAGACCAUUGGUGAGGCAGAACUAUGGGCCAUGCACCUGGCUCUGCACCCACAGGCAAAUCUGCUUAGUGUGGCCCGCAAACGCUACGCCCACCUAGCAUCUCCAGAGGGAGAGAUUGCUGUGAACGGCAACAUCCCCUGGGGUGUGGAUGCUCUUCUAACUCUUGUGUACAUGGAUGGCAAAUAUUGUCUUAAGACCAGUGACAGCCGCUUUCUGAGCAAUGAUGGGAAAUUGUCCUCUGAAAAUGGUCGUGGGACAGGCUACACUUUGGAACUGAAAUCAGGCAAGUUGGCCUUCAAGGACUGUGAGGGGAAAUACUUGACCCCCAUGGGGCCCACUGGAACGCUGCGCUCUGGACGCUGCUCCAAACCUGGCAAAGAUGAGCUAUUUGAUCUUGAGGAAAGCCAUCCACAAGUGGUGUUUCAGGCCUCCAACAACAGAUUUGUUUCUAUCAGACAAGGAGUGAGUGUCUCAGCCAAUCAGGACGAUGAGACAGACAUGGAGACUUUUCAAAUGGAAAUUGAUAAAGACACAAGAAAGUGCAAAUUCAGAACUAACGAAGGGAAUUACUGGACGCUUGUCGCUCAUGGAGGCAUCCAGUCAACAGCCACAGAAGUCGGUGCCAACACCAUGUUUGACAUAGUGUGGCUCGGUCGACGGGUGGCACUGCGAGCCAGCAAUGGAAAAUAUGUAUGCACUAAGAAAAAUGGCCAGCUUGCUGCAGUCAGUGACUCUGUGGGUGAGGAUGAGCGGCUGAUUCUGAAGCUGAUCAAUAGGCCCAUUCUGAUCCUGAGGGGAGAGAAUGGAUAUGUUUGCCACCAUAAGAACUCUAAUACACUGGACGCCAAUCGUUCAGUCUAUGAUAUAUUUGCACUGCAGUUCAACGAUGGUGCAUACCACAUUAAAGGUGCUGGUGGAAAAUUUUGGUAUGUUUCCACCAGUGGCUUGGUGUGCACUGAUGGAGACACACCUGAAGAUUUCUGCUUUGAGUUCUUAGAGCAUGGACGGAUAGCCAUAAGGGGCAAAAACAGCAAAUAUCUGCGUGGAGACCAAGGAGGCAAUCUGAAAGGAGAUGGAGAGAAUGCAGACAGCUCUUCCCUCUGGGAAUACUGACACCAUCUGGACAUUUAAGGAACUGUCACUCACCUGUGUUAAACUCUUGGAUUUACAUAUAUGAGAAAAAUUAAUUGAUUAAGGUUUAAUAAUUCCACAUCUGUUUCCCCAUCAGUCAGCAUUUGAUGUAGAGUCAGUAUUCAGCAUUACGUAUGUAUUAUUUACCAUUUCUGGUUUAUAGUCCUAUACAAAAUGACUGAGCAUGUGUAAAAAGAAAUCAGACAUGAGAAUAAUUUAUUAUAUCAGCUCACUUUGUCACACUGUUAGGAAAAAUGUUUGAGGUUAUGAAUUUGCUAAGUAUGCUAUUACUGUGGCAAAUCACUUCUAACAUCUCUGUUCAACUUCAAAUUGACACAUUACAAUUCAUUACAGCUGUUUUUCUUUUCUUUUUUCUUUUUUACUUUAAUGACCCAUUAUUGUCCUGCUAUUAUUUAUUAUCAUGCCAAUGUUUGUCAGUUCCAGUAAAGCUUGUUUUAUUCUCUGGGGUUACAAACUGCUGUGUUUGUAAUACAUGGAAAUACAUGGUAUUUAAAUAUAUUUAGGUCUGUCAAAUGAACUCUCCUUGUUGUUUCUUUAAGUUUACUAGCAACUGACAGAGAAGCCAAGCAACCAAGAAUAGAAAAGGCAAUUACUCUGUCUCGCCGAAAUGAAAGGUACUAGGAUUCAAUUUA